UUGAUCUUGUAUGUCACUUCUGAGACGUACAAGAUCUAUAUAUUCAAAGUGCUAAAACAAGUGCAUCCUGAUAUUGGAAAUUCGGGCAAAGCUAUGGGGAUAAUGAACAUUUUUAUCAACGAUAUAUUUGAGAAACUGGCGCAAGAAACUUCUAAACUUGCGAGGUAUGAUAAGAAACCUACAAUUAUGUCUGGGGAAAUUCAGACCGCUGUUAGAUUGGUGUUGCCUGAUGAAUUGGCUAAGCAUGCUGUUUCUGAAGGAACAAAAGCAGUUACCAAGUUUGGUAGCUCUUAAGCUAGUGUUUGGACAUAGAUUUAGUUGAAACGUGAAAAAAGAGUUUUUAUUAGCGAUUUUUGGUUUAUUUUGGUAAUUGGUCAUUAGGGUUUGGGUGUUAUUUAAUGGUUAGAAUUGAUGUUUUUAAAUUUCUCAUAUUGUGUUUUGAUGGGAUAAUGAAAAGUAUA